CCCGGGGCGCGGGGCCCGGAGCGGCCGGAGCGCGGGCCGGUGGUUCUGCAGGUUGAUCACUCCUCCACGGCUGCUGGCCAUUCACGUCUCCACUUCUAUGAGAAGCCGGAUCACCUUUUGCCCGUUCUUCUGUGAGAUUCGUGUUAUUUUCUUCCUGUGCGAGUUCUCUGGACCAUCCGGGCGUGUUUUCGUCAGACGUGUGAGAUCAGCCGCAGACAUGAUGAGCACCAAGGCCUUCACCCUGGUCCCCGCCGUCGAGCGGGAUCAGCUGAUGGGCGACAGGGAACGGGUGUCGUUGGAGUGUGUGGAGUGCUGCGGCCGGAACCUGUACGUGGGCACCAGCGACUGCUUCGUGUACCACUUCCUGCUGGAGGAGAAGACCGUGCCUGGCGGGUCGGCCACGUUCACGGCCACCAAGCAGCUGCACAGACACCUGGGUUUCAAGAAGCCGGUGAAUGAGCUGCGGGCGGCGUCGGCCCUCCACCGGCUGCUGGUGCUCUGUGACGGCUCCAUCACCCUGGUCCACAUGCUGAGCCUGGAGCCCGUGCCCUCGGGUGCCCGCAUCAAGGGGGCCACGGCCUUCGCCUUGAAUGAGAACCCGGUGAGCGGAGACCCCUUCUGCGUGGAGGUGUGCAUCAUCUCCAUCAAGCGCAGAACCAUCCAGGUGUUCCUGGUGUACGAGGACCGCGUGCAGAUCGUCAGGGAGGUGUCCACUCCGGAGCAGCCCCUGGCAGUGGCGGUGGACGGCCACUUCCUGUGCCUGGCCCUGACCACCCAGUACAUCAUCCUCAACUACAGCACGGGCGUCGCCCAGGACCUGUUUCCCUUCUGCAGCGAGGAGAAGCGGCCCAUCGUCAAGAGGAUAGGGAGACAGGAGUUCCUCCUGGCAGGCCCCGGCGGAUUGGGCAUGUUUGCCACGGUGGCCGGGAUAUCUCAGCGCGCGCCCGUGCACUGGUCAGAGAACGUGGUUGGAGCGGCCGUCUGCUUCCCAUACGUCAUUGCCCUCGACAGCGAGUUCAUCACCGUUCACAGCAUGCUGGACCAGCAGCAAAAGCAGACCCUGCCCUUUAAGGAAGGUCACAUCCUCCAGGAUUUUGAAGGAAGAGUGAUCGUCGCCACGAGUAAAGGAGUUUACGUCUUGGUUCCGUUACCUCUGGAAAAACAAAUACAGGAUCUUCUAGCGAGCCGGAGAGUGGAGGAGGCUCUGGUUCUAGCGAAAGGCGCCCGGAGGAACAUUCCAAAGGAAAAAUUUCAGGUCAUGUACCGCCGGAUCCUGCAGCAGGCGGGCUUCAUACAGUUUGCGCAGCUUCAGUUCCUGGAGGCUAAAGAACUCUUCAGAAGCGGCCAGCUGGACGUGCGGGAGCUGAUCUCCCUGUACCCCUUCCUGCUGCCCACGUCCUCCUCGUUUACCCGGUCCCACCCUCCUCUGCACGAGUUUGCCGACCUCAACCAGCUGACGCAGGGCGACCAGGAGAAGGUGGCCAAGUGCAAGCGCUUCCUCAUGAGCUACCUGAACGAAGUCCGCAGCACGGAGGUGGCCAACGGCUACAAGGAGGACAUCGACACGGCCCUGCUCAAGCUGUACACGGAGGCUGACCACGACAGCCUGCUGGACCUCCUGGUCACCGAGAACUUCUGUCUGCUCACCGACAGCGCCGCCUGGCUGGAGAAGCACAAAAAGUACUUUGCACUGGGGCUGCUCUAUCAUUACAACCACCAAGACGCUGCUGCCGUUCAGCUGUGGGUGAGCAUCGUGAAUGGGGAUAUUCACGACUCCACGCGCUCAGACCUGUACGAGUACAUCGUGGACUUCCUCACCUACAGCCUUGACCCAGACCUUGUGUGGCAGUAUGCUGACUGGGUCUUGCAGAAAAACCCGGAGGUCGGAGUUCAAGUUUUCACCAAGAGACCUGUAGACGAACAGCAGAGUAGAUUUAACCCAGAUGAUAUCAUCAGUUGCCUUAAGAAAUACCCGCAAGCCCUGGUUAAGUACCUAGAACAUCUGGUCAUGGACAGGAGACUGCAGAAGGAGGAGUACCACACGCACUUAGCCGUCCUCUACCUGGACGAGGUGCUGCAGCAGAGGCCCAGCGCCAGUGGCAAGGAUGCAGAGGUGACCGAGACGCAGGCAAAGCUACGCCGCCUGCUCCAGAAAUCCGAUUUGUACCGAGUCCACUUUCUGCUGGACAGGAUCCAGGACGCCGGGCUCCCCAUGGAGAGCGCCAUCCUGCACGGGAAGCUGGAGCAGCAUGAGGAGGCCCUGCACAUCCUGGUCCACGAGCUGGCCGACUUCCCGGCAGCGGAGGACUACUGCCUGUGGCGCUCCGAGGGCCGGGCCCCGCCCUACCGCCGGCGGCUCUUCCAGCUGCUGCUGGCCAUCUACCUGGGCCCCGGGUCCUCUGCGCCCGAGCUGGCUGUGGCCGCCGUGGACCUCCUGAACCGCCGCGCCGCCGAGUUUGACGCGGCCCGGGUCCUGCAGCUGCUGCCGGGCACGUGGUCGGUGCAGCUGCUCUGCCCGUUCCUGAUGGGGGCCAUGAGGGCCAGCGUCCACGCCCGGAGGACCACUCAGGUGGCUAUGGGCCUGGCCAAGUCCGAAAACUUGAUCUACAAGUAUGACAAGAUGAAGCUGAAAGGAAGCUCAGUUCGGCUCUCAGACAAAAAGCUUUGCCAGAUGUGCCAAAACCCCUUCUGCGAGCCUGUGUUUGUUAGGUAUCCCAGCGGUGGUCUCGUCCACACCCACUGUGCGGCUGGCAGGCACACGAACCCCAGCUCCCCCAGCCCCGGGGCUCGGACUUGAAGAGGCUGGGCCGAGGGCUUCUUACCAAGCUGGCUGGGUGCACAGAGCAGGAAGCCGCGUCAGCCGUCCUCGGGUGCUGGGGGGCUUCGGUCCGUGGGAAAUGGGAUGCGGCCGAGCCCCUGCAUUGGAUGGAAAUGGAUAAUCCCCAAAAUAGAGACAUGCCAGAUUCACCCGUCCAGGGACAUCGCCACCCAAAACAGAUGUCUGCUCUGAAAGGAAAUGAGCCUUCCUGUGCCACCCGGACAAACCAGACCCCGCACCCUGAGCCCCGAUCUGUAGACACGUAUUUGCACUGGAAACGUUUGCUCCGGUGGCACGGAGGGGACCGCGUCCUGGCGGGCGAGCGGCCAGGGCGCAGAGCUCUCCAUCAUCACCGCCUGGCCACCCUGCGGGCUCUGCCUUUGCCCUGAGGGACAGCUGACCCCAGGGAGGUAUCUUUGUUCCUUCCCACUUCCCAUCUGGCUUCCAACCCCUAAAAGAUCUGCCUGGGUACCCAGGCCCUCCCUUUGGGGUAAAUUUCUUCGCUUCUGGCUGCCCCGCAAGUGAAGGCCCCGAGAAGCUGUGACGCGCCAGAAGGAACUGCUCGCAGGUCUGGAGCCGCCGGUGGGGACAGGAGCGCACGGCGCGUUGCCCGCCGGUUUGUUUGUAACUCCGUGAUUAACAUGUUCAAUUAGAACUUUUAAUUUGGCGUUAUAUCCUCUUCGUGAUCCUUCUGUCUUUUGGAAAUUCACCUCCAUCAUGUUCAUUAGGGACGUUUUUCUUUGUACCCCCCCCCCAUUGAUUCCUCGAGAAAUUAAAAGGGAAAGGUCGUGAGCACACGCCAAGCGUGUUUUCCGGGGCGGCUGGUGGUCACCUUCACGCUGGCCAGGGCGGGCCGUGGGUGA